CACUAGAUUUACACUUCCUCACACAACUGCUAGCUAGCUCAAUCAAACACGAUGCAUGCAAACAAGAGUUCUCCGGUACCAAGCAACAAGAAGGAUGCCGGAGGCGAGGAGGACAUCACCGUCGACCUGCAUCCAUUCAUCCGCGAAUACAAGGGCGGCCGUGUCGAGCGCUUCCUAAGCAGCUCAUACGUGGAAGCGUCGGAGGACGCGGCUGCCAACCGUGGCGUGGCGACCAAGGAUGUUGUCGUCGACGAGAGCACCGGCGUGUCCGCACGCCUGUUUCUUCCGGCCACCGCCGCCGCAACCGGCGAGAGGCUCCCCGUCAUCAUGUACGUCCACGGGGGAUCCUUCUGCACGGAGAGCGCGUUCUGCCGCACGUACCACAACUACGUCAGGUCCCUGGCGGCACACGCCGGGGCGCUCGUCGUGUCCGUGGACUACCGUCUCGCGCCCGAGCAUCCCGUGCCUGCGGCCUACGACGAUGCAUGGGCGGCGCUUCAGUGGGUGGCGUCCCUUUCUGAUCCCUGGCUUUCCGACCAUGCCGACCUCGGGCGCAUGUUCCUCGCCGGCGACAGCGCUGGCGGCAACAUCGUCUACAACACGGCGGUGCGUGCAGCUAGCGGCGGCGAUCACAUCGGUGUCGAGGGGCUUGUCAUCGUACACCCAUACUUUUGGGGCGUCGAGCGGCUGCCCAGCUCCGAGCUAGUCUGGGACGGUGUCGCCAUGUUUACGCCGGAGCUCAUCGACAGGCUCUGGCCGUUCGUUACGGCGGGCCGUCUCAACAAGAAUGAUCCCCGGGUCAACCCUCUUGACGAGGAGAUCGCCUCGCUGACAUGCCAGCGUGUGCUGGUCGCCGUCGCCGAGAAGGACACCUUGCGCAACCGUGGGCGCCGGCUGGCGGCUCGCAUCCGCGAGUGCUGCGCGUGGGCCGAUGGUGAUGAGAAGGCGGUGACAUUGGUGGAGUCGGAGGGCGAAGACCAUGGCUUCCACCUGUACAACCCACUGCGGGCGACCAGCAAGGUUCUCAUGGAGAACAUAGUGCAGUUCAUCAACCAGCGCACCUCAUUGCCACUGCCGGCCGCUCUGCUGCCGGAGCUGCACGAGCUGCAUGCAUACGGUGGUAAGAAGAUGGACCCAUGCUGCUUGCCUAUUCUGGGCGUGCCUGCUCGGCCGUAUAUGGACGUGUUUGGUUAUGGGGUGGCCAUGAAAGCUUCGAGUGUCCCAAAAGGCAUGAGACGUACUAGUUGCUUACACGGCGGACAGGGGAGAAGAGCAUCCAAAACUAGAUAUGGGUUAUCUUUGGGCUAUGCUAUCAGGCUUAAUAACAAGACCAGCAGGAGGUUCUCCUUAUCAGCAACAGCAACACCGGGGACUUGUGUUUCUCACAACUUCAUCUAGUGCAUGAAACAUGAUGGUCUACAACUCUACAUGCAUCCAGGAUUACGGUUGUGCAUGCUCCAGUACGAGUGCAAGGAAAUGUAUGUUGUGCAUGCUCCAGUAAAAAUGCAUGCUCCAAUAAUAUUGAAGGGAAGGUAUGUAAAAAGUUAUACCGAGACCCUUAUCCAGUAUCCACCACACCACCUGCUUUGGGUCAAAGAAAUGGAUGUUGUAUUUUUUGUGUGGGGUGUAUGUUCUUCUUUCCUAUAAAUUAUGUAUGUGUAAGAUGGAUCAGGGAUGUAUGAGUAAUGUACAAUUAGUGUAUUGUCAUACAUUAAGUUUAUACAAAUUGUGUACACUAGUCCUCAACCUGUGCACUAGGACACGUACCACGGACGUGCAACUGGCAUGCAUUUUUUCAGAAAAAACAAAAUGCAACUAUCCCCAACCUUUUUUUUGUGAGAGAAAUUUUCAAUCUAUUUAUCAAUCACGGCAGUAC